CUCCUAGGGGUGGACGGGCCUCGACGCACAGCUUGUGAGCACAUUUUCGGGACCCUUAUCGAAAGAUUCACACCAGAGCUUUACGAAGGUGGAUAAGAGAUUCUGAUUAGAGAUAAACAACCUGUCACUGGAGCCCAUUCUCGGGAGAAAAUACUCUGGCAUAACCUCUCACCUCCGCCGUUUAGUCGGAACCACUUUCUUGGGCGGAAGUCUGCGGCGCGCCAGGACCAGGGCUGGAGCUCGGAGGAAUGGCGGUCCUGGGUUCCAACACCAUCUUACUUGUGGCCCUAACCAUCACAGUCAUCCAGGCCCUAACACCCAGCCACUACCUCACUCAACGUGAUGUUGAACGAUUGAAAUCCUCUUUGAGUCAGCCAUUUUCAGAUUUGGAAACUGCGUUCUACUCCAUCGUGGGGCUCAGCAAGCUUGGUGCACAAGUGCCUGAUGUAAAGCAAGCUUGUACCUUCAUCGAGUCCAAUCUAGAUGCCAACAAUCUUGACUCCCUUUUCUAUGCUGCACAGUCCAGUCAGGUCCUUUCAGGAUGUGAGAUUUCUAUUUCCAAUGAGACCAAAGAUCUGCUCCAUGCUGCUGUGAGUGAAGAUUCAUCAGUCUCUCAAAUCUGCCAUGCAGUUGGAGCCCUCAAUGGCUUUGGCCUUCCUUUGGCAUCUCAAGAAGCACUCAGUGCUCUCACUGCUCGUCUUAGUAAGGAGGAAACCGUGCUGGCAACUAUUCAGGCUUUACAGACGGCAUCAUACUUAUCUCAGCAAGCUGAUCUCAGUGGCAUCGUAGAGGAGAUUGAGGACCUUGUUGCUCGUUUAGAUGACCUGGGUGGAGUGUAUCUACAGUUUGAAGAAGGCUUAGAACCCACGGCAUUAUUUGUUGCUGCCACCUACCAGCUCUCAGACCACGUGGGAACAGAGCCACCUUUUAAGGAGGAUCAAGUAAUCCAGCUGGUAAAUGCCAUUUUCAGCAAAAAGAAUUUUGACUCUCUCUCUGAAGCCUUCAGUGUUGCUGCUGCCUCUGCUGCAUUUUCUCAGAAUCGCUAUCACCUUCCUGUUGUCAUUGUUGCUGAGGGGUCAGCUUCAGUAUCUCACCAGCAACCUGUUCUCCGGCUGCAAGUUACUAAUGUUAUGUCACAGCCAUUGACUCAUGCUUCUGUCACACUAGAACGUGCUAAGUCUUCUUCUACUAAGAACACAGUCUUACAGCAGACUGCAUUCACUCCUGCAGGAGAUGGUUUUGAUCUGAACUUCAUGAAUGUCAAGCCUGCCAGUGGUUACUAUGACUUCUCUAUCCACGUUGAAGGUGAUAGCCGCUACAUUGCAAAUGUUGUAGAGCUCAAAGUCAAGGUCUCCACUGAAGUUGGCAUAACAAAUGUGGAUCUUUCUACUGUGGAUAAAGAUCAGAGCAUUGCACCCAAAACUACAAGGGUGGCCUACCCAGCUAAAGGAAAGGGCUCAUUCACCGUUGACAGCCACCAGAACUUUGCCUUGUCCUUCCAGCUGGUUGAUGUAAACACUGGUGCUGAGCUUACCCCUCACCAGACAUUCGUCCGUCUGCACAACCAGAAAACCGGUCAAGAAGUGGUGUUUGUUGCUGAACCAGAUAACAAGAAUGUGUACAAGUUUGAACUGGACACAUCUGAAAGAAAGAGUGAGUUUGACUCUGCCUCUGGCACUUACACCCUCUACUUGAUCAUUGGAGAUGCCACCCUGGAGAAUCCAAUCCUCUGGAAUGUGGCUGAUGUGGUAAUUAAAUUCCCUGAAGAAGAUGCUCCCUCCACUAUCCUGUCCAAGAACCUUUUCACUCCUAAACAGGAAAUUCAGCACUUAUUUAGGGAGCCAGAGAAGAGACCACCUACUGUAGUGUCCAAUACAUUCACUGCCUUGAUCCUUUCUCCCUUACUUUUGCUCUUCAUUUUGUGGAUUCGGCUUGGGGCCAACAUUUCCAACUUCACCUUUGCUCCCAGCACUAUUAUCUUUCACCUGGGACAUGCUGCUAUGCUUGGCCUCAUGUAUGUCUAUUGGACUCAACUCAACAUGUUCCAGACCCUGAAGUACUUGGCCAUCUUGGGGAGCAUCACAUUCCUGGCAGGCAACAGAAUGCUGGCCUAUAAAGCAGUAAAGAGAACAACACAGUAGUACCAGAAGGAAGAAGGAAAGUCUAAAAACUUAAAAGAAUGUUCCAUGGAAUAGAAGCCAAGGAACAAUUUACAUCCUGGAGAGUGGAACAUUGAACCAAUUUUUGUUUAAAACAAACAAACAAAAAAAGUCCAGGAUCUUAUGGUUGUACUUUUGCUUGUCUUUUGUUUUUUCACUCUCCUAUUGAGCAACUCUCUGUGAGCCUGGAUGUUCGGUUCCUUUGGAAUUGUGGCCAUCAGCCAUCAAGCAACUGUGACAGAUUUCUUAAGAAUGCCCAGAUGUUGAGUUUUGGAAUGUUUGAAGUCUAAUUAUUGUGAUUUGCAAUAAAGAGUCUGAUGAGAGGAA